AUGGAGGAUUCGCUGGCUAGGGCCACUUUAUUCAGAGUCGCCAAUGCGCAUCUAGGCAUUACAGCACCGCCGGACGUUGUGGAUGCAUUCUUGCUGCUGCGGCAUAAAGUGAGCUGCCUACAAGAUUGCCAAGGGCAGCAACUAGACCUGCUCCAGGAAAGGUUCUGUGCCGGAAAACACAGAAAAAAUGGUGGAUCUCCGGACACACAGGAACGGGUCACUGGGAACGAAGAGUCCCAGGAAGACGAAAAGUCAACAGCGGUUCCUUCCUGUGGCUCCCUGCCAGAUGCCGUGGCAGCCGCCAAAGCGGACACGAACGCAUUUAGCGUGGAAGCACUGCAAAUGCAGAUGCUUCAGCUGCCUCCAAAGGUGCAAGAGAAGAAUCUAGAGUGCUUUUGGGCCCUCCGGAAGCUUCUUAUACAGUGCGACGACUCGCAACCCGCAUUCCAGGCAACCGAAAAGUGGCUGAACGCAGCACCCUGCCUGAUUUUGCAGGAAGAGCAGGAGGUCGUCAGUGCAGCAGAAGAGGCUCUUUUUGUGGCAAUAGGCCACGCGCUGGAGAUGUUCCCUUCAGUAUUGUCUGAGGCUCUGGAGAUGACAGGACUUAUCGGCAUGGAAGCUAUUGCGGCUGCUGCAGCAGAUGAAAAGGGACGUCAGGGACAGCGAAGCUCCAGACGCCAGGCCAGCAAGGGCCGACACGACAGUAAAGCAACCGACGAUCCUAGCGGUAAUCCAGCAACGGCAGCUGCUGCUGUUGCUGCAGCAGCAGCAGCAAUCGGUGCAACUGGCAUCGCACCCGAAGAAGAAGGUCCCAAAACGCGGCAGCAGGUUGCAGAGCAGCUACUGCAGUGGCUGCUAAGCGAGGCUGUCGCAGCAGCAGAGCCCCAGCUGAUGCUGCAAGCGGCAGAGAAGACUGCGGAGUGGGGAGGGGUCCAUGCUGAAGCAGCACGGAAACGAUGGCAGCACCAGCCACCAAAUGAAGCCCUUGAGCUGCAGCUCCAGCGCACACCGCUACCCUCCGGUUUAGAUCACCGCGUGCUCCGUAUGGUCGACUACAUUUCUAAGAAGCAAGCGCCCACAGUAAAAGCUUGUACGCGGGCGGUUGUACUGUUUGAUGGGAAGAUCACAGAGGACCUGCUAUCAAUUCUUCAGCUGCAGCCGCCUGCCCAAAAGCAUAUCUGGAUACAGCAGUUGCUCCAGAAUCGUCUUGGCUACAUAGGCGAUCUGUUGCCACAGGCACGCGAAGGUGUACUGUUGUGUCUCGAGAUAUCUCCGCAGCAGCAGCAGAAUCUCCGGCAACAGCACCCGCUGCUUCUGCAGCAGCUGAUGCAAGAACUAGUGGAAGAAUACCUGCUUCCAGCGGUGCUUGGGGAUGAUCCCCAGCAAUACCAAGUGCCUGUCGCAUGCCUUGAAAACCCCGAAGACUUCGUUUCUUUUGUAGAGGCGGCAGCAGCGAAAAAGGGAAUAUGUGUAGCCAAUGAUAGCCCAGUGUCUGGCGAGCGAGUAGGACAAGACGAAGAAAAAGGCGAAGAAUUGGAAGACGUUCCUUCUCUUGUUGUUCUCCCUUCUUGGCAACAGUUCUUCUCUGCAGCUGCCGGAAAGCUAGAGGACCUCCAGCACGAGUUGGUGCUGGGGACUUCGGAGAUGGCCAUACCGGGCAACCAAAAGGAAGAUAGUGAAGACGGAACAGAGACAACCGAAGCAGGAAAUAUUAACUAUCUCUCGGCGCAACGCCAUCUCUCCAAGCUGUCUACAUUGCUGGGUAUAGAUUUCGUGGCUCUUGACUCCCCCUGUUACCUUACUAAAGCAGCAGAGGCUCCAGCAGCAGCGAUGGGAGAAGUUGCUCUAAAAGACCCACAGACGGUUGCUGCCGCCGCUGCUGCAGCAACAGCAAGCAGCCCCUGGUUGCUGCAAGGCCGAGUCUCCCGGGCAUUGGGACCCCAUGUAGUGGCGUAUUUACAAGCGGCUUGCUUAUUGCUAGGUAUUGAUCCCGCUGCUCUACAGCAGCGCGCAGCAGAAGCGGUUAUUGACUGGAAAGAAGAGCGGCAUAGGAGGCAAUCCUUAGAUGCUGCAGCAGCCUCAGCGAAGCGGCGAAUGCAACGGCAUUUGGAACUUCUAUGCACUGACAGCAGAAGCUGCUGCUGCUCCAGUCGAACUACUGCACUGGCAGAUUCUAUUGAAGAUAACAGUAUCACAUUGACAACCGGAAGUCUGGAUGAUGCAGGAUCGCUUGGGCCUCUUGGUUCAGAUGCGGCAGACCAGCAAGCCAGGCACGCCACCACCGCUGUGCUCUGCGCGUACUGGGACCAAAUCGUUCCCACCGCGCCAGGAAGUACCGCAGCUGAAGAAGGUCCUGCCCACGAGAUGUUGUUAAAGUGGGCCUCCGUUCAGCUACAGAAGUUGAGGAUGCUUGUUUCAGGAACAAUUGUCUCCAACGUUCUCCUGGCAGGAGAUUUGAUCAGCCUCAUUUGCGGGUUGGCCCUAAACGGAGAUGUGGCACUGGAAAUUAAUGCCCAGGACACGCCAAGGCAAGCGGAAACCUUGCUGAAUCCACAGCAAGAAGCAGAUGCGGCAGCGGCAGCAGCUGCAGCCAAAGCAGGAGCAGAAGAUGCUGCUGAACCAGGCUUUCCCAGGGGCUGGCUAAGACUUUGCAGGACAGCAACUGCAGAAACCGCCAAACCUAACACCAGUGGCAUGGCAAGCAGAAGCUGCUGCAUUCAUCCGCGGGUCUACAACCUGCGGCAGGUGCGCGGCUUUGUGCUGGCGCAUUUGAAGAAAAUUUUGGAAAUAGGUGGGUAUUGUGGUGAGCGGAUUCACAUGGUGACGAUUUCCAAAUCCAAUACGCUUAUGUUAAAAGCAAUGCAUCUUGCCUUUCCUGCAGCAAAAGAGAGAGGAGUUGUUAUCCAGCUUCCGACUGAGGUGCUGCUCCAAGUAGGCCCGCAGCCUGCUGCCCCUGCUACAGCAACAACAGGCACUGCUGCUGAGGGGGCCUCACGUGGGCGUAGAACAAGUGACGGCGUUGGGGGGAGCCAACGGAACAGUACUAAGAAACCGCGAGGCUCUGCUAAGGUUGAACCUCUCGAAGGGCAUAUAGAGGAUACAGGGGCAGGGGAUGUGUCGGGAUCGCCAGCAAGUGAAGAAGAAAAGCCGCCGUCCGUGCUAGCUGUGUGCCACCUACCCCCAGCGGACCUUCUGUGGAAAGUAGUCUUUAUGGGAAGCAGCGACUUGUGCGUGCCUCCUGAAGGGGACACGAGUAACACUACAGCAAGGCGGCGCUCCGAAGAGGGAAUGGAACCUUCAAGAGCCAGCGGGAUAUACGCCACUAUGACGCAGCAGGCGGUUGACAAAGCCGUAGCAUCGUUUGGAGGCCCUUCCCACUUUUUGUGGCUAGGAGACAAAUUAAGCAGGGAAAACGAGGGGAUACAGAACUUGCUUGACGCGGCUAGAACCCCGGAUGCCACGGUAGUCAUGGUGGAAAGUCUCGUGAAGGCCAAGAACAUGUUGGAGACUAGCUUUUCGAACUCAGAUGAUGACUUUGGGUAUAGAGCGCCAAGUGCAGACUCGGUGCUCCUUGAGUCUUCUGCAUCCUUCGAUGCAUCUUCAAGUCAAAUUAGCAUGAUGAGCAACGGCGACGACAAGAGGAUAAGUUUGAGCAAUGCUCAAGGAAAAUUAGGGAUAGAGCAUCUUCUGCUCUUCGGUUCCAUUGCGAGGAACAGCUGGACCUUCGCUGAAAAGGGGAUUGCAAAAGUUGAAGCAUUUCUGGAUGUAGAGCCUCUGCUCCAAAUGCUUCAAGGGAGGAGAGUCAAGGAUGUACUUCUGGCGGAUGACAUGUUUCUGGGAGAAGGAAAAGAAACAGAUUGCACGACAGCACAAACAAAGCUGCAAACCGCCUACAACUUCCAGUUGGAACCGCGCGGCUCAUCCUGA